CUUCAGACCACGCUGCAGACCGAUGAGGUGAAAAAUGUUCCCUGUGGUACCAGUGGAGGAGUGAUGAUUUAUUUUGACAGAAUCGAGGUGGUGAACUUCCUCAUCCAGAGUGCAGUGUACGACAUAGUGAAGAACUACACAGCUGACUAUGACAAAGCUCUCAUCUUCAACAAGAUUCACCAUGAGCUGAACCAGUUCUGCAGUGUCCACACGCUGCAGGAGGUCUACAUUGAGCUGUUUGAUCAGAUUGAUGAAAACCUGAAACUGGCCUUGCAGCAAGACCUAACGACGAUGGCUCCUGGGUUAAUUAUACAGGCAGUUCGAGUUACAAAGCCAAACAUCCCUGAAACAAUCCGGAGGAAUUACGAGCUCAUGGAGAGUGAGAAGACGAAGCUGCUGAUUGCAGCCCAGAAGCAGAAGGUGGUGGAGAAGGAAGCGGAGACGGAGCGGAAGAAGGCGCUCAUCGAGGCAGAAAAAAUUGCACAAGUUGCUGAAAUAACUUAUGGACAGAAGGUGAUGGAGAAGGAAACGGAGAAGCGAAUUUCAGAGAUUGAAGAUGCUGCAUUUCUUGCAAGAGAGAAGGCAAGAGCUGAUGCUGAGUGCUACACUGCUAUGAAAGUAGCUGAGGCCAACAAGCUGAAGUUAACUCCUGAGUACUUGCAGCUGAUGAAGUACAAGGCUAUUGCUGCAAACAGCAAGAUCUAUUUUGGCAAAAAUAUCCCCAACAUGUUCAUGGACUCUGCAGGAAGCCAGACCAAAUUUGAGGGACUGGCAGAAGGAAUCCAAGAAGAGGAUGGAGCAGGAAGCAGUGAGGACACAAAACUCCUUCAUCACACCAACUGAAAAGGAAGAUUUCUAUUCUUUUUAUAUCAAAAGAAACAUGAACUGGGAAGUUCCUUUUUGUUUUCCCCCUUUCCCAUACUGAGAGAGAUGAAUCAGAUUUAUUCCUUUCAAUCUUUUGUAUGACAAUUAGACACAAAGACUUUGGUAUUUAUGGGGUGGUUUUUGUGGUAACUUCUAAGCAGCCAGCUCCAGGUAUGUCCUCUGGAUGCACCUCUCCCUGCUCUUGGACAUAGAGACCAAAUUAUUCUGGAGAGGCUCACUAGACUUUGUUCUGCAGCCAGCUUAGAUG